CUCACCCUAUUACAUAAUGCCUCAUCACGGGGUAUAUCGCGAACAUGCAACCACAUCCCGAUUAAGAGUUGUUUUUGAAGCAAAUACACCAUCUUCUAGUGGUAAAUCACUAAACGACUUACAGUACGUAGGACCAGCAAUUCAAGGGGAUUUGAUAGGUAUUUUGCUACGGUUUAGGGAAUGUCGGUACGUAGCAUGUGCCGACAUUGAAAAAAUGUACCGACAAGUGAGCGUCGACCCUAAACAGCGUGACCUACAAAUGAUACUCUGGCGCGAUAAUCCAUCAGAUCCGAUACAAACUUAUCAUUUAAACACAGUGACUUAUGGCGAAGCCAGUGCCGCCUUCCUAAGCUGUAGAUGUCUGAAACAACUUGCUAAUGAAUGCAACGACCCCGACGUAGCUAGAACAAUACAUAAUGAUUUUUACGUCGAUGAUAUGUGUACCGGUGAUGACAGCGCAUCAAAAUUAUUAAAAAUCUGUCACGAUACGGCUAAUGUUUUACAGUCAGGCUGCUUUCCUUUGCGCAAAUGGAUAUUUAAUUUUGACAACGAUUUAUCUAGAAGCGAAAUGGCCAAAGAGUUAUCACUAGGUGAAGAUAGUCAGUGCAAAACAUUAGGAUUAGGCUGGUACAAUCUUAGUGAUGAGUUGUAUUUUCACACAAAGUUUUCAGGGGGGACUGAGGAUAUAACUAAACGUAAAAUAUUGUCAGGUGCAUCUCAAAUUUUUGAUCCAAUCGGCUUAAUAAAUCCGGUGAUCACAACAGCAAAAACUUUACUUCAAAGUCUAUAUUUGUUAAAGCUGGGUUGGGAUGAAAUAGUACCAUUAAAUAUCGCACAAUCAUGGAUAUCGUUUGUAAAUAGUUUGUCGUCGCUCAAUGAAAUACGCAUACCACGUUAUGUAAUGGGUUGUAACAACACACGCAAAGAGCUAAAUAUAUUUACCGAUGCAUCUCAGAUGAUAAACAAAUUAUUCGUGUGGGAGGUCGCAUACAGAACUCCUUAG